CCAAGACCCUUGAAUAGGACUAAGUAGGAGUACUACUCCAAAACCACCUCCUUCGAGGAAUCCGCUACUUCCCGGUUCCGAAUAAAGCACAAGAGUUUAUUUAUCCAGAAACUGGAAAUCAGGAAUUCAAAUCGAAAUGGCGUUGGGAAGCUACAACUACACCAUCUGGCCUUUCUCUUCUCAAUUAGGGCUAAGGCCACAGCGACAAGGCUCUUAUCCCACGGCUACCCCUUGCUGCUGCUGCUGUUCGCCUCAAGCCUCGCUUUCUCCCGUUGUUAACUCAACCCUCUCUGAGAUUAGAAGUUCAGGUGUAAUCGCUUGCCUUCGUGCCCAAAGUGCAGAGCUAGCAAUGGAAGCAGCGUGUGCUGCACUUAGGGGUGGCAUCUCAGUUCUGGAGAUUGUGAUGUCCACCCCAGGUGUGUUUGAGGUUUUACAGCAGCUGGUGAAAGACCAUCCUACCAAAACUUUAGGAGUUGGGACUGUUUUAAAUGCUAAGGAUGCCAAAAGCGCCGUAAAUGCUGGAGCCAAAUUCCUUAUGAGUCCUGCAAUGGUAAAGGAUAUUCUGGACGAUGCUCAAGGCAGCGAAGCUCUGUACAUACCCGGUGUUAUGACCCCGACAGAAAUAUUAUCUGCACAUGGUGCUGGUGCAAAAAUUGUAAAGGUUUAUCCUGUGUCCAUAUUAGGUGGUGUUCGGUACAUAUCAGCUCUUAGAAAGCCCUUUUCUCAUAUUUCAAUGAUUGCUUCUCAGGGCAUAACAAUAGAUUUAAUUGGCGAUUACAUUGCCCAGGGAGCAUCAUCAGUUGUCUUGUCAGAUGCUAUAUUUGAGAAAGAGGCUAUGGAUCAUAGACGUUUCAAUCUAAUACAUCAACUUUCCCAGCUUGCAGUUUUGCGGGUAAAUGAAGCUGUACAAAGGUCUCCUCUCGCAUUUUCCUCCUUAAACACCGUUAAAGCACAAGUAGAGAAAACAACCAUACAAGCAUCUCCAACACGUCCUCUCCUCUACCGUGAAACCAAACACACCUACAUACGCAUUUUGUUGCGCCGCAUAUCAGCGCUGAGUUAUGAGGUAGCUCAACUUGGCAUAAACAAAGUCACUGGUAACGUGUCCAUAAGUUUUGGAGGGAGAAGUAUAAUUAUUCAAGUUACAUUAACAGGCUCAAAAGUAUUGGACACAAUGCAUUGGAAAAUUGAUGAAAGAGAAAAAGGUGAACUUACUGUACGUAGAUCUUAAUCCAAAAUUGGGCACGACUGUCUAUUCUCUACCUAUAAGAAUAUCUAUAUGCCACGGCUCCAACAUUACAAGCAAUUCAUCAAACACAUGGCUGAACAAGGUAAUAUGCAUGCAAUAUCCAGCAAUAGAACACGAAGUAUGUACAUGACAAUAUUAAUACACAAUCAAAAUCUAUAACUACAAGUGGGGAACAUAACCUGUACCAAGGUUCCCACGAUCAAAUUUGCAGCAAGAAAAAUAAAAUUCCUCCAUAAUUGAACUGUAAACUGUCCUCGGUUGUAAAGAUAUUACUAACACCUUCCGGUUCACUUAAAGAAGGAUCGUAAACCAUCGAUUCUAUGAGCUAUCAAGCUAUCCAAAAAAAUCGAAUUAUGAUCAUUCCGACUUCUAUUAGAUGAAAGGUGUAACCACAGAAUCAUUUUUGUUGUUCAGAUAAUUGUUAUGCAAUAAUCAACUUUUUGUG